GUGGCCUGGCGGGCAAUGAGACAAACGGAGACGGACGGAGGAGAGCAAAUUCAAGACUUGGGAUUCAUUCUGCUCGCUCUUGAGAGUAGAAGAAGGGGAGCUCCAGGGCUUGCUAGCCUGCUGGCCCACCAAGCUAAACAGAAUUAUUCUACGCCGGACGAGAAAACCAUUCUGAGGCGCUUAUACUCCUUUCUUCAGAAGGGAAGCAUCACGUCGGGCGGCAGACGUUUCCAACGCCCGGAAACUCGCCUCUUCCUGCCUGAAUGCAAGACGACCUUCCCGCUGAAGUGCUCCAAGGGCUUCCUGACCCUUUGAUCCACCGAGCCGGGCAGGUGAUUUUAGGGAGCGGGCGGGAAGGAGGGGGCGAAGAGGCCGGUUCUCAGCGCGAACAUUACCCUCGAAGUCCGUGGGUUUUCCUCCCAGGAAAGUGGAUGCAGCCCACGGGCGGCUUAUCUCCGGCAACUAACUCGGGGAAGAACUCAGGAAGAUGAUGGGUAACUCGGAGAGCAUGGAAUCUACCCAACUUGCCCUUCCGAAGCACAUUCUGGACAUUUGGGCCAUUGUCUUAAUCAUCCUGGGUACCAUUGUCAUCAUGACUUUACUAGUAUUGUGCCCAGCAACCACGGUGAUUAUUUAUAGGGUUUGGACACACCCUAUGCAUCAUAAUGGUGCCGAGUGAGAUCGGCCUCCUUGUCGCUGUUUGGACUCUGCUUUUGAGGAACACAGGCUAAACGCAAUAGGAAAAGCAGCCGGAUUAUCUGGCAGUUUUCAAGAUUAGGUUGAGCCCUGAGCAGGCAUUGGUAAAUUGUCAGCAAAGAUAUGGUAGCAACACAUCUGCUGUCAGCAUGUGAUAAGAAUGCUACAGCUCACAAAAAGUAUCUUCUGAGUGCCUGGUUAUCUAUUUGGCUUAUGUCCACAGAACAUUACAUCCUGGACUUUAUCCCCACUUGUAGAAUGAGCUAAACUGCUACAGAAUUCCAGAUCCUUCCAGUUUUGAUUUCUGGUGUGUGUACUUCAUUCAAAACGAGCCUGUUUUCAUGUUUACUGAGCAAACUAUUCCAAGGGAACAAGGUGGCAGAAUCACAGUGCUGAAGAGGACACCUUUAGUAAAAAUUUAAAUAGUGGUUGCUUUGAAUAAGCAAUUUACUUUAUCUGAUCCAGACAAUCUUCAUUCCACAACAAAUCAGAUGAGAUGGAGAGCUAGAAGUCUUGCCUGAUAUAUUUGUGGUCCACCUUUCUCCCAUUCCCCUCUGUUUCAAGCAGCAACGGUUAAAGAGGAUUAAAAGGAAGAAAUGAGAAGUCACCAGAUAAGUGACUGGUGGAAAUCAUCUUUGGUAUCUACUGCAGUUGAACAGUACAUUCAUAAUGAGAGUAUUUUAAAGAAAUUGAAUGAACAUAAUAUUGAGAAAGAGAAAGGAGAGGCUAUAUGUCUAGAAAAAAUAUUUUACUGUCAGGGAUUGGUGUAAAAUGUGGCCAUGAGAAAAUAAAAUUAAAAAAACUUUUCAUUUGUGAAACUAGAUUUCGUGAUAGGAAGGUCUAUCUCAAAAAAUAUUUUAUAGUUAUUGUGCUAUACAAGUAGUAUUAUGAUGGAGGGUUUUUGUUAUUAUUUUAGGGGAUUGAUUCCGGUCAUCAAACCUUUUAAAAAUACAUUCUCUUUUUAGUAAUUGGCUUCUUAGAAGUACUACAGUAGCUUCCUUCAAAUGGUUGGAACAAAAUCAUUCAGAUUUCUUGAGGACAGCCGGUCUACACAUUUCAUUUACCUGGCUGAUAGAAUAAUUUGCAUUUUCAAGGAUCAGGCAAUAUAAUGUCCUUUGUCUUUCUCCCAUAGUUAAUAGUGUCAGGAAUGAGCACAUUCAAGUCACGCUUGUUUUCCAUUCCCUUAUACAGUAGAGCUGGUAGCCUCUCAUCCACAGAGGUUAUUAGAACUCUCAGAUCUACAGAGAACAUAAACAUUUAGCAGGGAUUUUGGUACAUGCCUUAAAGGAAAUGUUUUGGUAGGUAAAAAAUACUGCAGUGUUUAAUAAAUGACACAAUCUAUACUCAUAUACAUAUCAACUGACACGGAAUUCAUUUCCAGUCAACAUAUCAUGAGAAAAUUGCUAUAUUAAAUUUCAGUAUUGUACAAUGCUGUGUAAUAAACUGUUAUUGGUGCCUGUC